AGUCGCGAGCUCUGCCCGCGCGGGGAGGCGAGCGAACGCGCGUGGACACACGGCCUGUCGCUCGUCUCGAGCGCCUCUAGGGGGGACUCGGGAGUUGCUGGAGAGCCCGAGUGUGUGCGCUUGCUGCUGCUGCUGCUGCUGCUGCUGCGGGGAGGGGGAGCACGAGCGAAGACGACGGGAGUGAGACGAGGAAGAGUGCGCGGACAACGCUGUGGAUGUGCGCUGGCUCGUCCCCGCGCCUUCCCCGCGUGUACACGCCUGGCGGUAGCGGCCGCUCGCGCCGAACGCCGAGGACAUCGCCGGCGGCUCGGACGAAUGAUUGAUUGUGCAUCAGGAUUUGGGACGGACAGAGUGACGCUCCCGACACAAAUUCUGUGCUACCUUCAGCCUUGGGGACUGAACCCACCCACCAACCUACCCAUCCUACAGUGUUGUUUUUCAUGCUUUUACUGGGAUAAAUGAGUGGUGGUACUGAGGAAAGUAGGGCUGCGACGCAGACAAGAUCCCCCACAGGAUGUCCUGGUUCAGUGGCGUCCUAGUAGCCAGAGUGGAUGACCGCAAAACGGCGUGGGGGGAACGCAAUGGGAAGAAGGCCAAGCGAAAGGGUGGCUCCUCACUGUGUAGCCCACGCUACAUGAGCUGCCUGCGGGACCCUGAGGCCAUGGAGCCACCUCCUGAGCCGCCCCAUCAUCACCACCGUGGAGGAGGGGGGGGCAGCUUUGGCGUACGCUGUGGAUGGCAGGAAGACCACUAUGGGAAAAAGGGAGGUGGAGGAGGCGGUGGAGGGGAGGUGGGCCUGAAGUCUGUGGACUUGGGCUUCGAGGAUGGAGACCUGAAGGGAAGCAAGGGGGUCAUGGGCUGCGGGGAGGGCGUUGAGGAGGGACCAGGCACCAGUGGGGUUUUGACUGCUGCAGACUGCUGGCAGCGGGUGGUUCGGGUUUUCCAGUCUAAGAAGUUCCAGUCAAGCAAGCUGGAGCGCCUCUACCAACGCUACUUCUUCCGUCUCAACCAGAGCUCACUGACCAUGCUGAUGGGUGUGCUCGUGAUCGUGUGCGGUGUCAUGCUGGCUUUUCACUGUGUGCAUGCGGCCCCGGAUGUGGCCUACACCUGCAUGCUUUCUGUGGCCAUGGCACUCUUCCUCGCCCUUAUGGUGGUGUGCAACCGCAAUGGCUUCCACCAGGACUACAUGUGGAUCGUCAGCUACUUGGUCAUCGGCGUACUGUUCGUGGUACAGGUCUUCGGUGUGCUCAUGGUGGCCCCUCGCAGCGCCUCAGAGGGUGUCUGGUGGUCCGUUUUCUUCAUCUACAUCAUCUACACACUACUACCCGUUCGCAUGCGGGCAGCUGUCCUGAGCGGCGCCUUGCUGUCUGCUAUUCACGUUGUGACUGCUUGGAGGCUCAACCUUCUGGACAGCUUCCUCUGGAAACAGCUGAGUGCCAACGUGCUGAUCCUCCUGUGCACCAACAUCAUUGGGAUCUGCACUCACUAUCCAGCCGAGGUGUCCCAGAGGCAGGCCUUCCAGGAGACGAGGGGCUACAUCCAGGCCCGGCUGCACCUGCAGAGGGAAAACCAGCAACAGGAACGCCUGCUGCUGUCUGUGUUACCAAGACAUGUUGCCAUGGAGAUGAAGGCUGACAUCAACGCAAAGAAAGAAGACAUGAUGUUCCACAAGAUCUACAUCCAGAAACACGAUAAUGUCAGUAUCUUGUUCGCCGACAUCGAGGGCUUCACCAGCUUGGCGUCACAGUGCACAGCCCAGGAACUGGUCAUGACGCUUAAUGAGCUCUUUGCUCGCUUUGACAAACUGGCUUCGGAGAACCACUGUUUGCGGAUCAAGAUCCUGGGUGACUGCUAUUAUUGCGUAUCAGGUCUUCCAGAGCCCAGGGCUGACCAUGCCCACUGCUGCGUGGAGAUGGGUGUAGACAUGAUUGAGGCCAUCUCGCUGGUGCGGGAGGUAACGGGAGUCAACGUCAACAUGCGGGUGGGCAUCCACAGUGGGCGUGUGCACUGCGGCGUUCUGGGCCUACGCAAGUGGCAGUUCGAUGUCUGGUCCAACGACGUGACACUGGCUAACCACAUGGAGGCUGGGGGGAAGGCGGGGCGUAUUCAUAUCACGAAAGCUACCCUGCAGUACUUGAAUGGAGACUAUGAGGUGGAGCCUGGUUUCGGGGGUGAAAGAAAUGCCUACCUGAAGGAGAACAGCAUUGAGACCUUUCUAGUGCUGGGCUGCAGCCAGAAGAGGAAGGAGGAGAAGGCCAUGAUGGCCAAAAUGCAGCGGACACGUGCCAACUCCAAUGAAGCGCUGGUACCCCGCUGGGUGCCUGACAGAUCUUUCUCCAGGACAAAGGACUCCAAGGUUUUUAGGCAGAUGGGCAUUGCUGAAGCAUCCAGCAAAGACCACCGAGGAGUCCAGGAGGCCAUGAAUCCUGAAGAUGAAGUGGAUGAGUUCCUGGGUCGAGCCAUUGACGCUCGCAGCAUUGACCAGCUCCGCAAGGACCACGUCAAGAAGUUCCUUCUCACCUUCCAGACAUCCAGCCUUGAGAAGAAGUAUUCGAAAAAGGUGGAUGAUCGCUUUGGGGGAUAUGUGGCCUGUACCCUUCUGGUCUUCUGCUUCAUCUCCUUCAUUCAAAUUGUCAUCUUCCCACAUACCCCACUCAUGUUGGGCAUCUACAUCAGCAUCUUCAUCAUCCUUGCCAACAUCCUCUUCAUCUGUGCCAUUUACUCCUGCGUUAAGCUGUUUCCAGCCGCUAUGCAGACUGUGUCAAAGAAGAUAGUCCAGUCUCGUACCAACAGCACCCUGGUAGGGGUCUUCACCAUCAUUCUUGUCUUCAUUGCUGCCUUUGUUAAUAUGUUUGCCUGCAACACAGAGAGUCUGGUUGACUGUGUGGCCCGGGAGCACAACACAUCUAGGGAGCAGGUGACCCCGUGUCUCAUCCGCAACCUGUCGUUCUCAACGGAGGAGGGCCUGGUGCAGUGCCCUGGCCAGGCUCCACCCUGCCCAUUCCCUGAGUACUUCAGCUACAGCGUGCUGCUCACCCUGCUGGCGUGCUCCGUCUUCCUGCAGAUCAGCAGCAUUGGCAAGCUGGCUCUCAUGCUGCUUAUCCAGCUCAGCUUUCUGCUGCUGGUGGAGUGGCCCCAGGCGGCCCUCUUCGACAACGCCGACCUCCUCGUCACAGCCAAUGCCCUCUUAUUCAAUGACAGCCUGCCAUGGUCCAGUUUCAAUGAAACUACAGAUCAGUGCCCGUACAGUGUGACCAAAGUGUCUCUGAAGGUCAUGACCCCCGUCAUUUUGACAGUGUUUGUGCUGGCACUGUAUCUUCAUGCUCAGCAGGUGGAGUCCACCGCCAGACUUGACUUCCUGUGGAAGCUACAGGCCACUGAGGAAAAGGAGGAGAUGGAGGAGCUGCAGGCCUACAACCGUCGCCUCCUGCACAACAUCCUGCCCAAGGAUGUGGCUGCUCACUUCCUGGCACGCGAGCGACGCAAUGAUGAGCUCUACUACCAAUCCUGUGAGUGUGUGGCCGUCAUGUUUGCCUCCAUCAGCAACUUCUCCGAGUUCUACGUGGAGCUCGAGGCCAACAACGAGGGUGUGGAGUGCCUGCGCCUUCUCAAUGAAAUCAUCGCAGACUUUGAUGAGAUCAUCAGUGAGGAGAAGUAUCGACAACUGGAGAAGAUCAAAACCAUUGGCAGCACCUAUAUGGCCGCAUCCGGCCUGAAUGAUUCCACCUAUGACAAAGAAGGCCGCUCCCACAUUGUUGCGCUGGCCGACUACGCCAUGAGGCUGCGGGAGCAGAUGAAGUACAUUAAUGAGCAUUCUUUCAACAACUUCCAAAUGAAGAUCGGUCUGAACAUUGGCCCUGUGGUGGCAGGAGUCAUAGGAGCCCGGAAACCACAGUAUGACAUUUGGGGCAACACAGUCAACGUGGCCAGUCGUAUGGAUAGCACUGGGGUCCCCGACCGCAUUCAGGUGACCACAGAUAUGUAUCAGGUGCUAGCCAGCAAAGGCUACCAACUGGAGUGUCGAGGAGUGGUGAAGGUCAAAGGGAAGGGGGAGAUGACCACCUACUUCCUGAAUGAUGGCCCUCCUAGCAGUUAGCAGUGACUCCAGCGGUCCUGCCAAAAUGAUACAAAGCCAGGAGGGAGAACUUGCAAGACAAGCAAACGUCAAACACACAACGAUGUGGUCACUUGAACAAAAAAACAAAAAUAAAGAAACAAAAGGACUCACUACAUGCUGAGAAGAGUAGCGCAGGUGUGAUAUCCUGGUGUUGGUCUGCACACAAUGAAGGAAGAUUGUUCUUGUUUAAAGCUUCUAUCUAUCCCUCACAACUUGAAAGAUACAAAGUCUGUUUAUUUAAUGAAAGGCCUUUAGCCUUGGAAGGAAAUUUCUGUACAGAAGGCUACUGUUUGUUUUUGUUUUUUUCUUGUUUAUUUUAAAAGUGUUUUAAGUACAGGUACUUUGAUGCCAUUUCUGGAUGACUUAUUUAUUUUAAUCAAGAUGUCCUUUAUGAAGAAGUGUGUAUGCUUGUGAAUGCCAUACAUACAGUGAUAGAUUAAUUUUAAAAAUAUAGACCAAAGAGCAAAUUAUUUAAUGAAAACACAUAAAACACUCAUGUUAAUUUCUUUGAAGUAUCUGCAACAGUAAUGAUCUUGUUAAUGACCAGUUAUUCUUUGGCUGGAAAAUUUUGUAUUUUUUUUUCCUCACCUGAUUUUUUUUGUAGUUUUUUCCAUCUUUCCCCAUGCUGAAAGCAAAAGAUUUAGGACCACUUCCCAUUUUUCCCGAAAGACAAGUUGAGACAACGGCAGUUUUUUUCCCAGGUAAUCAAUCCAACAUUGAAACAGAAAAAUCUCUGGAUUUUAAUCAACAUCCCCCCCUCUUCUUUCAACUUAUGAAAGUGAAGGAAAAUAACAGAAGCCUUGCAUUUCAAACCAAAAGCUCGGUGGGGCCUGUACACAUGACACCGCCUUGAGUUUGAGUUUUGUGCUACACCCAUGAACAGUAUGGCCCCCCAAUAGGGGCCCGUUGAGCAGGCAUUUCCUCGGCCAAGGCAUGCAAUAUGCUAAUGGAAGGUUGUGCCGUUUGGUUUAUAAGGACUCUCGAUCAUGUUUCUUCUCUUUCAGAAAAGUAUUUUUUUGGUACAAAACAAAGCAGCAUUUGAGGAAAAUUGUAGAAAGCACUGGCAUUGUGAUACCAUGGUACCAGACAGUCAUGUUUUAUGCUUUCAGAAACGAGAGACUUUUUUAUGAGAGAAAUAUACAUAUGAAUUAUGACUGAAUACUGUGCUUUAUAAUUUUCAAGGGGCAUAACUCUUUUCACUGUGAGGUUUUAUGAUACAACAAAUUGCUUUCUUGCCAAAUUUACUGCUCUAAAGCAUGUCUGAUUGUGGUAUCCUCUCUUUUGUUUUAAUAUUAUGUAUUUUUAUCACCACUGUAUUCAUGUUUUUGUUUAUUACUGUUAAAAUGUUUCCAUUCCAACUGAAGUGAUCAAAGACUAGAAUGCUCUCCUAGAACAAGUCACACAUAAGCACAAACUUGUCAGUACUAAGUGGUCAUUUCAAAUUUGACCAGUUAGGCCCAGUGCUUAUACCUGUUUAUAAUUUAAAUAUUCGUCAGCGUUGUAAUAUGCGUAGCAGAGAUUACUCAGAAAUACUUAUGUCUGAGUCCCAUGGAGUCUAAACAAGUAUUUUUCCCAUCAUCACCAAGGACCAGUAGCCAGUGAGAAUCAGCCACUUCCCGUACGUUUCCGUUUCUACCGCUUCUACAGUGAAGCACACUAGCAAUGUCCUCUGACAGUGUGAUGUAUCCAACAUGUUUGCAGUUCAACAGCAGUACUAUCUGUUAUGCCAUUUUUGGAAAGGAUAUAUUUGUCCCACAGAAAACUUCCCACAGCAUAAAGGAAUCUGUUUUAUGUUCAACCUUUUGUUUUAAAAAAAAAAAAAUACAUUUGCCUUAAAUGAAAGGAGCAGUCGUAAUCCCCUACAUUUGCUACUGAUGUUUCUCUGGCUUUCAAUCUGACGAGAGAGUGUGUGUUUAUGGCGUGAUGCUGAAGGUCAAUUACUGUGCAAAGAAGAAAUCGAGCAUACACUUUGUCAGGAUUCUAACUCGGCAUACUUUCAGUGCCCUUUUUUUUGUCAUGUCCCUCGCAUAUUCGUUUAUGAUUGUUGUACAAAAAGUUGACCGGGUCUUUGUUCCAGGUUUGUUCGCCCCUAUCUUUUUGUCACCCUUCGCAAUGGUUUGUCUUUGCUUUUCGCAUGAAGAACGUAGGGUGAAAAUUGCCCAUCAGUGCUACUUUAUGAGAGGCGGUUACAGGUGAAGUGCGACUGACUGUGUUGAAGAGUGUGUGAAGCAAGCAGGUGUGUACCACUACAAGAUGGCCCCGCGCAAUUGACUGUGGCGUCCAGUGCUUUAUAAAUUCUGCUUUCUUGUCUCAGAAGGACAACAAAAGGGGUUGGAUUUCCGGUUUUGAAAAAGACAACGGAAACAAAUUUUAAAACUGAGAAGUGAAGAA